GGCCACUCGACAGACACCAUCGCCCCAGCUGAUAGCCAGGCGGGGAGAGAGAGAGAGAGAGAGAGGGGAGCUUUCAAGGACUCGAAGCAUAAGUUACCCAGCCUCCUCACGAUCCAACCCUAGCUCCUUUUCACACUGCCACCCCCCUUCCCUCCUGAGUACCCGAGGCCCGGCGGCGGCUCGAGAUGCGCUGCGAAUCGGCCCGGAAGAUGGCGGCUUGAGAGGGAAGAAAGCGGCCCCGCUGGCAGACAGUUCCGCAUCGGCCUCCGCCCCUUCCUCCAGCCGGCCCACCCUCCCCCGGCAGUGACUCCCGACAGACUGAGAGAGAAGCAGCGCCGCUUCCCCCUCCCCCAUCCCUCCUGGCCUGGUCCUGGCUCUGGCCUUGGCCUCAGGCCCCGCCGACAUGGAGUGCCCCCACUUGGCGAGCAGCGUCUGUAUCGUGCCCGACUCCACCAGGUUCCCGAGCGGCUCGCCGUCCUCCUGGUGUUGUGCCGUUUGUCGCUCCAACAAAAGUCCAUGGGUCUGUCUAAUGUGUUCAAGUGUUCAUUGUGGAAGAUAUGUGAAUGGACAUGCCAAGAAACACUAUGAAGAUGCUCAGAUUAAUUCGAACAACAUUAAAAAGUCGGAGAAGCAUGAAAAAGAGAAAUUGCAGCAUGCGGUUUGUAUGGAUUGCAGCAGUUACAGCACCUUCUGUUACAGAUGUGAUGAUUUUGUGGUGAAUGAUACCAAGAUGGGCCUGGUUCAGAGGGUCAGAGAGCAUCUACAGAACUUGGAGAAUUCAGCAAUUUCAGUAGACAGACACCGCAAAAGAAAGUUGAUGGAAAGUUCAUCUGUGAGCAACAAGUAUUUGAAGAUAAAUGGAGGGACCACUGCCGUUUGCGCCACAGGACUGCGGAAUCUGGGGAACACCUGUUUUAUGAAUGCCAUCCUCCAGUCACUCAGCAACAUCCAGCAGUUCUGCUGUUAUUUCAAGGAGCUUCCAGCAGUGGAGUUGCGCAGUGGUAAAACUGCAGGGAGAAGGACUUAUCACACUCGGAGCCAAGGAGAUAACAGUGUCUCCCUGGUAGAAGAGUUCCGGAAAACACUUUGUGCCUUAUGGCAAGGAAGCCAAACUGCAUUCUGUCCUGAAUCUCUCUUCUAUGUAAUUUGGAAAAUUAUGCCAAAUUUCAGAGGAUAUCAGCAACAAGAUGCUCAUGAAUUUAUGCGAUACUUGUUAGACCAUCUCCACUUAGAACUUCAGCGAAGCUACAAUGGUAUGACAACUUCAUUUAUCUCACCAGACAGCUCAAGCAUCUCCUCAUCCAGUAAAUGCUGCGUAAAUGGUGUUUCAACAAUUGUCACAAACAUAUUUGGAGGAAUACUUCAGAAUGAAGUAAACUGUUUAAUUUGUGGGACUGAAUCCAGAAAGUUUGAUCCAUUCCUUGAUCUUUCAUUAGAUAUCCCAAGUCAGUUCAGAAACAAGCGAUCCAAGAACCAGGACAAUGGACCAGUAUGUACUUUGCGUGAUUGCCUACGGAGUUUCACAGAUUUGGAGGAGCUGGAUGAAACCGAGUUGUACAUGUGCCACAAAUGUAAAAAGCGACAGAAAUCCACCAAAAAGUUUUGGAUUCAGAAGUUGCCAAAGGUGUUAUGCUUGCAUCUGAAAAGGUUUCAUUGGACAGCUUAUCUGCGAAAUAAGAUAGAUACAUAUGUAGAGUUCCCUCUACGAGGUCUAGACAUGAAGUGCUUCUUAUUGGAGCCCGAGAACAGUGGUCCAGAAAGUUGCCUCUAUGACCUUGCAGCUGUGGUGGUGCAUCAUGGUUCGGGAGUUGGCUCGGGUCAUUACACUGCAUAUGCAACUCAUGAAGGGCGUUGGUUCCACUUCAAUGACAGUACUGUUACUUUGACUGAGGAAGAAACUGUAAUGAAAGCCAAGGCCUACAUCUUAUUCUAUGUGGAACGCCAGACCAAAUCGGGAUCGGGCACCAAACUUUAAUGCAUCCCAUCUUUUUAUAUAUAUUUGCAACAUAUAUACUGAUUUGGAGCGCACACAAACAGUUCCACAUUUCCAUAAGUACUUGAUAGCUCAAGACUAUUUUCAUCUUGCACUUUUAAAUCGCUGAUGAGAAUUUUGUUUAUUGCACCAUUGCUAGUGUCAAUACAGUAAUCGAGGACACCUGAUCUAAUUUUAGCCUAUCACAAAACCUCAACAGAAUAUCUUUGAAUCUGUAAUGGCUGCUGUUGAUCAAGAAUUUAGUGGCUUGGUUGACAUUGAAAUUGAAUAUUUUGAAAUGAUCUCUGUACUAUACAUUAUGGGGUAGCAUUGAUUGGCUUCAAGGUGCACUUACAUUAGUGUUUCUUCAACUGUUCACACUACAUCUUAGCCUGUGAUUUCUAAUUUGACACAAGGUUCAGAAGUCCUCAUUGUUUCAGCAGUCUUUCUGCCUGAAGUGUACCAACUGAUAAAACACUUCAGUUUAGAGUAAGUGCACGAGAUCAAUAAAGUGCUGAUGUAAGUGUUUGAAAUUAUUGUCUGCACAAGAAACUAAUUGAGUAUCCCUGAACACUGUUGCCCUUCUCUCUGAUAAACAGCAUAUUACUUCUAUAUUCAGAACUUGAUGCCGAGAUGAAGUUCAGUAUUAUGAGAUACAUGGAGUGUAACUACACCUUGACUCUGCAUUGCUAUACCUCCCUGUAACUGCCCAUUUAAAAUGGAAAUAGAUCUGUCUGUAAUUGUUAGGGUUUUUUUCUGUUGUCAUUUUUCUUGUGACCACUUGUAAACACUGGUAACUCAGAACAAAAGUAUUCGUCCCAUAUUCACCCAUGCUACAGAGGUACAUUUAUGAUUUACAUUUUAAUUUAGGUUUUCAACUCUAUUGUUUCUAAAAGAAAAUCUCAUUUUCUUGAGAUGUCACCAGGCACUUGCAUCUUUCAGAAAGCAUGAACAGUUAAAAAUAAAUUAUGGUAUGAAAAAUAAAAUGAACUGCUGUGUAAAAAAUGGCCUUCUCAUCUAUCCCAAUACUUUGCUGGGCAGAGUAGAGUUUAUCCAUAGCUAUCUGUAUCACGUGUUGCCAGUGAGUGACUAUGAUUGGAUGUAGGAUGGUAAGUAUGGCUUAUGAUUUGCAACAUCACCUGAUUAAGAAAGACAAAUUAAACAUGCUGAGUUACAUUUGGGGAACCAGAGUCUGGGUGCAUCUUGGACAAAAUCUUUUCUAACCAUUACAGUAUACAACAUGAAAUAGUAGAUUACAGCUAUUGGAAGAGUCUUUUACUUGUAUAAAAUGGUAUGAUGUUAUUUUCGUACCAGGAUAUAGUCCUUUUUACUUAUCAAAGGCACUUCUCUCAUAAAUUCCAUUUAUAGUGGCCUGAAUGGUGUUUUAAUUACACAAUGAGAUGAAUGAUGUAUUUGCAUGUGGAUGUACUAUAUGAGGCGGCAGCAGCAGCAGAAAAGGCAGUUUGAGGUUUCAGGCACGAGACUCAUGUCUCUUAAAUGUGAAAACGUACACAUCCUAAACUUGAAUCUGCAUAUUGAAACUGUACAAACUUAUUUAAAAUAUUACAUUGUUUUGGUUGCAAAGUAAUGAACUGACACAGUAACAUCAAUCACCAUGGCAUUUAUUCAGUUUAAUCCCCACAAACAAAUCUUGAUUGUAAAUGUACUACUAUGGCUGCUUAUAAUGAUGGUAUGUAUAUUAGUAAAUGUUCAUGUACUGUUUCAUUGAUAGUAAAGUGCAAUGUUAAUGAUGCAAAACAGUGUUCUGUCUUUAAAAAUAAAACAUUUUAUAAAGGAGUUUCUUUCAGGGAAAGGUAGUGAUAUAGCGGUAAUGUCACUGAACUAAUAAUCUAGAACUUCAGACUAUUGCUCUGGGAAUAUGGGUUUGAAUCCUAUCAUGGCAGAUUUGAA